CUCUCCUCCUCUCUCUACCCUUCCUUCUCUCAUCUCUUUCACUCAUCAAGUCUGUCCUGCAGGCGGUUGGAUGUAACAGCAGCAGCACUCUCUUCUCUGCCUUCUUUCUGGGAGAGUCACCAGGGAACCGUCUCAGUGGUACUUAAGUGCUUGACGAGGAUAAGGACUGGGUCAACACAGGAACAAUCAGGGAACCAGGGCUUUGGAUCGACACAGAGCAGGAGAGGAGCCUUAUAAGGUCAUUUGGACUAGUUGUGGUUCCUGAGGCCCUGCUGUCAUGAGGUGGCCGGAGGGGGUCGUGAAGACCCCGCCCUGGAUAGGAGUCGGACCCACCCUCCUGGCUCUCUCUCUCCUCCUCACUUGUGUCUCCAGCUUCCUCCAGCCACUGCCAAGAGUCUUCCUCUCCUUCGAAGACCUGCAGGCCUCCCAGACGGUGGAGUACUACAGUCUGUCAGACAAGGCCAUGGACUACAGGAUCCUGUUGAUGGAUGAGGACCAGGACAGGAUGUAUGUAGGCUGUAAGGACCAUGUCCUGUCUAUGGACAUCAACAACAUCACCCAUGGGACACUCAAGGUGUUUUGGCCUGCAUCUGUUAGCAAGAUUGAGGAAUGCCAAAUGGCUGGCAAGGACCCCACGCAUGGAUGUGGUAACUUCAUCCGGGUGGUCCAGCCGUUCAACAGAACCCAUCUGUUCAUCUGUGGGAGUGGUGCCUACAGUCCUGUCUGUGCCUUCAUCAACAGGGGCAGGAGACCAGAGGAGCAAGUGUUCCACAUUGACUCCAGAGCGGAAUCUGGGAAGGGAAGGUGCUCCUUCAAUCCUAGAGUCAACACUGUCUCCGUCAUGCUUAACCAGGAGCUGUUCUCAGGCAUGUACAUAGACUUCAUGGGGACGGACGCUGCCAUAUUCAGGAGCCUCACCAGGAGGAACGCAGUGAGGACAGACCAGCACAACUCCAAGUGGCUGAGUGAACCCAUCUUCAUAGAUGCCCAGUUAAUCCCAGAUGGAUCGGAUCCCAACGAUGCUAAACUGUAUUUCUUCUCCCGGGAGAGACUGACGGACAACAGUGGYAAUACCAAGAACAUCCACACCAUGGUCGCUAGAGUGUGUCCUAAUGACAUAGGUGGCCAGCGUAGCCUGGUGAACAAGUGGACCACGUUCCUGAAGGCCCGGAUGGUGUGUUCAGUUCUGGAGGAGGACGGCACCGAGACACACUUUGACGAGCUCGAGAGUGUGUUUUUGCUGGAAACUGAUCACCCCAAGAGCCUCCUGGUGUUCGGCGUCUUCACGUCCACAAGCUCAGUGUUUAAGGGCUCGGCCGUGUGUGUCUACAACAUGGCGGACAUCUUGACAGUCUAACGGCCGUUCGCUCACAGAGGGCCAAACUUUCAGUGGGUGGCGUACCAGGGACGGAUCCCCUACCCCCGGCCUGGAACAGUGUGGUUGAGGAAACAAGGUCAGAGAAACAUUAUCAAUGAGGAUGAGGACAGCAGAGUUCAGGGUCAGGGCAUCUCUCCUCUUUCCCCUCCCUCCAGUGUCCAGGCGAGCCUUCACCCCUCACAUUCAGAGCACCAAGGAGUUCCUGACGACGUGGUGACUUUUGUUAGGAACCACCCGGUCAUGUUCAAUCCUAUCUACCCCGUGGGCAGGAGGGCCCUGGUGGUCAGAACGCAAGCUGACUACAAGUACACCUCCAUCGCUCAACAGCUGUACGUAAGUUCAGAGCACGGCGUGUCCCAAGUGUCUCUGCACCGUUGCCAUGCCUACGGCUCAGCCUGCGCCGACUGCUGCCUGGCCAGAGACCCCUACUGUGCCUGGGACGGCCUGAGCUGCUCCCGCUUCUACCCCACUGGCAAGAGAAGGAGCAGAAGACAGGACAUCAUCCAUGGCAACCCACUGACUCAGUGCAGAGGAUUCAACCUGAAAGCGUACAGGAACGCGGUGGAGAUGACCCAGUAUGGGGUAAAGAACAACACCACCUUCCUAGAGUGUCUUCCUAAGUCCCCUCAGGCCUCCGUCCGCUGGCUCAUCCACAGAGACAAUGACAGGAGGAAAGAGGUGAAGCUGGGUGACCGUGUGGUUGCCACUGACCACGGCCUGCUCAUCCGCUCCGUUCAGCUGUCCGACCAGGGCCUGUACUAUUGCCUGGCCACAGAGAACACCUUCAAGCGCACCGUGGCCAAGCUCCGCCUGCGUGUCCUGAGUGAGGCCAUGGUGUCAGUGCUGAUGGACAAGCAGCAGUCUCCCUGGGCCUGGGCCAGCACCCUGCACCCCAAGGCCCUGCUCUCAGCCUUCAGCCCUGCAGAGAGCCUGGCCYUACAGCAGUACUGUAAGGAGAGAAAGCAGCUCCAGAGCRUYCAGGGGGCCAYGCAGCAGAAGGGMKRGAYYGGAGGGCCUCCUCUCCGGGGAGACAUGGCCAAGCUCAAGCCCCUGCUAGACCUCCGGAAGAGCCGCAACCGCAGGAACCACCUGGAACUGCCUGAUGAUGUUUGACUGGGGGAGACAAGGGGUUUAGGGCUGUGGAGAGGGGGGUAUACAUGAACACACACACCUGGCCACACACACAACCCCCGAGCUCCCACCCUGCCCAGAGGUAAUGGACCUGAACUGAACGCUUCCCCAGCUCUAGCUACUAUAGGUUUACAAGGAGGAAGUGGGACUCACCCUGCCUGGGGCUGUCUGUAGUCUUAUAUGCAUGAGGUACGCUGACCAGAUUACUGUGAUAUACAUACACACCUCACAUCCUGUCACACUCGCCAUUUAGACAGAGGUGUAAUCCCUGACCCUGGAUCAGGACACAUGGAGAUGUGUGGAUUUAGGCAUCAGGUUCAGGUGUCUUAGGCUACAUACACAGGAUGACUUACUGCAUUCACUGCUGCUCACGUAGUUGUAUGAUAAUACUUGCCACACAUGUAUACUGUAGUCACGCUAUACAGUAGGCAAUGGUCUGAUAGCAGUAAUGUAGUAUAUUGCAGUAUAGACAUUUAUAGAAUGGGGAAAUGUAUCAGGCAGCAUGUAAUGGCUUAAUAUGAAUGGAUGUCUGGUCCAAGGAGAACAAACCUGGAGUUACAGAUGGUGAAGAUUGUGAUUUGAGUAGGGAAAUCAUUGGCAUAUUCAUUUGCAUAUCCAAGAAGGAUGUUUUAUAGGGAGCACCCUAGCUGUUUACACUCUGCUCUGCAACUGUACAUUGACUCAUAUUCAUAUCAUAUUCAUCCAUAUGAACACUGUUUACAACUACCACCUGUUACAGUUUUACAUUUGACAAAACGACAGGGCUAUCACCAAGAUCAAAACAAAUCCAUCAUUGUAUGACCCGUUUCUAUGUACACAUUGUAGCUCUGUCUCUAUGGAGGAACUCUAUCCCUCCUAACACCAGAUAAAAUGGCAGCACUGUCUAUACAAAGGGCAUAUUGUCCAUACUAAGUGGUCCCAAUAAAAAAUAUUCCAGCCUUGGAAAUGAAAACAUAGUGGCUAGGCCAAAGUACACCUCCAGCUCAGCUGCCACCCAUAUGGACAGUACUGUUACACUAGAACAUGUAGCGCUGUGUGAGCAAAGAACCUUCGUUGGGAGGGAUUCUGCUCAAUUUAUUACAGGAACACAGGCAAGACCACCCUACCUUAGUCAUUUUCUAAACAUCACGUUUAAUAGGACAACGGUCAUGUAAAAUGUUAGGUCACAGCAUCCUUACAUUCUGUCUUCUUUCCUGUAUUUAUUCACAUUACUUGGAAUAUUUAUGUUCUUAAAUGGUACGGGACAUUGUGCCAUACUGUACAAGUAUCUUUCCAUUAUCUCUUUGAUAGUGUAUGAUACUGUGUUGUCAGCACAUAAGCAUGUUAAUGUAUAUAAAAUCCAUCUAAACUUUGUGGCUAUUUGCAAUACAUCGCUGGAUUGGUUUUAUACCGAUGGAGUAUAGCAGUCACGCACAUCCUAGCUUUUGUAUUCAGGUACAUGCAUGUAUACACUUCUGAUUUUGGGGUUUGCAUUUUCUUGAUCCAUGAUUUGAUGAGAUAUAUUUAAUCUCCUUACUGAGUUUUAAUUUCACGUACAGCAAGACAGACAUGCACGYUCAAAAAMAAUCAUGAWGAKCAUUUKACUUGAAUAUCAUUCMAAUCAUUUUGAAUAAUGCAUUUAAUUCACAGUUUGUGCGAUGGUCAGAUUGGCACUCUCUGUUUUAUAAAGUGUGAAUAGCUCUUUCCUGUUUGUCUCAGAAGUAUAGUCUGUGUAGAUAUAUUCAUGGUUGGUAUGUGUACAGAGUGUUUUUCAUUCUAUAUUUUCAUCAUAACUUAUGUCAUUGUGUCCAGUUUUUGUGGAUCUGCGCUUUUGAAUGUGACCCUAGUGUAUAUAAUUUAACACAUCUCAUCAAAUAUUCUCGACCGUAUCUGCAAAUCGUAGAGAUAUAAUUUCAUUUUGACAAAAUAUUUUUUAAAGGUCUGGCUUUUCCUUAACAUAAAUCUCUAGACUGACGACUCGUUUAAGUUUUGAUCAAUUCAAACUUUUAACAAAGUGUCGUCAUAGUGAUGUUCAAUGUCAUUUCCAUGUUAUCAUAAAACUGGUGUAUUUCUAUUUAUUAACGUCAUGACAGCCUGAAUAAAUGCAUUUAGAAAGUA